UUGCUAGCGGAACUAAUUGAAAACAUAAAGCUGAGGGAAACAAAAAAUAUUAAAAGCGGCUUCAGAGCCACAGGUAUUUGGCCUCUCAAUCCAAUCAAUGUUACUAAGAGAAUACCAGAACUACAUGACGAAGUGAAAUAUGGAAUAGACAAUGCUUUACUAGAGUAUUUGAAAGAAACAAGAUCCCAAAAUCCAAUGACAGUGAAAAGAAGCAAAAAAUUGAAAACAGAACCAGGAAAGUCAGUCUAUGUGGAAGAUAUUUCUAUAAAAGCCAAUAAUACAAAGAAAACAAAUGCGACAAAUAAGAAUAAAAAACAUAUUAAUACGGAAGAAGACAUUGUGAUACCGAUGUUGAAUGAAAACACAGAAGAAAAGAUAGAGACAAACGAAGAAAUAGAGACGUAUAUAUUACAUGAAGUAACAGGGCAAAUAGUAAAAAAAAAAUCCCAAAAAAUCACGUUGAAAUUCUUAAGAAAAAUAAAAAAUGCCAAAGGCAAGAAAUUAGCGUUCACGUACCCAAAUGUAGAAGACACUUGUGAAAUGAUGCGCUUAAAUGACAUAAUUCUAGUAUUGCCUUAA